UUACCAACAAAUUAGCUUCAAAAACAGACGAAAGCAACACCCUUUACCAGUCUACAUACCCAAGAACAUAAAUUAAAGCACACAUGACCUAUAAACCAUAUAAAAAAAUAUAUCAGCAAUGGCACUUCCGGUGGUCUUGAAUACAAAAUGAUGCGAAUAUGAUAAUUGGUUCCUAGUUUAAUCAAUAUUCAUGGAUGUUGAUUAUCUGUGGUAACUGUUCCGAGCAUCUUCAAUACACAGUGUACUGUGUGCUAGUACUAUAGGAGUUCAGGGGCUUAUGUUUUAGUAUGAUAUAUUAAUGUUACAUCUGGGACUCUUGGACUCUUCUGAGCUCUCAGCAGAUCUGAAGCUCAAAAUGGAAGGCCAGAACCCAACAGAAUCAGAAAACCGACAGAAUCUGUUGAGAGCUGUCAAGAAAGAGGUUAAGCAGAUAAUGGAAGAAGCAGUAACGCGGAAGUUUGUCCAUGAGGAAAGCAGUAGCAUUAUAUCACUUUCUGGUGCUGUAGAAGCCUGUCUGCUCCAUGGACUUAGAAAGCGUGCUUUGGGUCUGUUUAAAUUGAGUACUACAACAGCACUGCUCCAGAAACUCUCAAAAAGUUGUGAACCUGCUGCACACGUUCUUAAAGCAUCAGAAAAUAUAGAAUCUGCAAUAGAACAGAACAAGAAGAGCAUUGAUUCUAACAAGAACCAGACAAGAAAACCUCCAAGAAGUUUGAAUCCUAGAUAUUUAUGGAUAAGACUGUCUGUAUUUGAAAAACAACUGGCCAAAAUUCUGGAUCAUUUAGUUCAACAUCACAGUAAGUUUUAUGAAGAUUAUGCUUUGAUCUCAGAUCCUGUGGAUGGCCCCAUAUUUGCAUCAUUACUUGUUGGACCAUGUGCUCUGGAUUAUUCCAAAAUGAAGACUUCCGACCAUUUUUGGACUGACCCACCAGCAGAUGAGUUGGUUCAAAGACAUAGAAUUCAUUCCAGCACCAAUCAUAUUACAGGCCCUGGUUCCCCUAAAAGACCUGGUUUACAGGUACCAGUGGUUAGAAGAAAUACCAGUUCUAGCAGUGAAGAAAGCUCUAAAAGUUUCCAUUUGUCAGCCAAAGAAUAUGUGGAGUCCCUGCACCAAAACUCUAAGACAACACUGUUGUAUGGCAAAAACAAUGUCUAUGUACAGCCAAAAGAAGAUGUUGAGUCCUUAGCAGGUUACUUGUCUCUGCACCAAUCAGCUGGAGGCUUAACAGUCAUGUGGACACCAAAUCAAUUGAUGAAUGGUUGUAUAAAAGAUGAGGAAGAGGAUGUUGAUAGGAGUUUAUACUGGGAUUAUGCCUUGACAGUAUACCUGGAUGAAAUUGUUUAUAUACAUUGUCAUCAACAGCCUGACUGUGGCGGUACAAUUGUUCUAGUUGGUCAAGAUGGAGUACAACGUCCACCAAUUCAUUUUCCAAAGGGCGGUCAUCUGUUGGCCUUCCUGUCCUGUCUUGAGACUGGCCUGCUACCACAUGGUCAACUUGACCCGCCCCUUUGGUCACAACGGGGUAAAGGAAAGGUGUUUCCUAAAUUAAAGCGUAAAGGAAGUCGUCUGUCAAACAUUGUACAGUCAGACAGGGGUGGUAGUACAGGGAGUACCAGUAGUACCAGUUCUACAGAUGAUGAUGAGGCUACCGAUUAUGUGUUCAGGAUCAUUACUACGUUCAGACCUGAUAUUAUACCUCCAGAAAUGAUGGACCCAAAAGCCAAAAUCAAGGGAGACAACUUCUCCUGGGCCAGUAAAAUACCCAGACUUCCCAGUCCCAUGAUACAGACAGUACAGACUUACGCUCGAUCUCAGGAAAUACAGAACAACACUUGUCUUAAGACAGGGGCCAACCACAGGUACAAACAAGCAACAAUCAAACAGUUGUGUGAUACCAUGAGGAAACAGAUUAUAUCUAGGGCAUUCUAUGGAUGGUUAGCACACUGUAGACAUUUAAAGACAGUGAGAACACAUCUGUCAGGACUGGUCCUCCAUAAAAUAGUCCCAGCAGAUAAACCUUACGAUGGCUCUUGUGGACUGUCAGAACAGAAGUGGAAUGAAUUACAGAAAGAUGGCACAAUUACAGAUGAACAAGAAAUUCACAGACUGGUGUAUUAUGGUGGUGUCCAACAUGAGAUAAGAAAACAGGUGUGGCCAUACUUGUUGGGACACUAUGCUUUCUCUAGUACUCCAGAAGAUAGGGUCAAAGUUGAUAAACAAAUGAGAUGGUUAUAUGAAAAGACAAUGUCCGAAUGGUUAGCUGUAGAAGCCAUUGUCCGACAAAGAGAAAAAGAAAUCAUGGCUGCUAAUCUACAGAAAAUGUCUUCUGAAAGCACAGAUGGGCAAAUUCCUCUUGUGAGAAAAGAUUCAAGUUUGAGUAAUGAUGUGUUUGAAUCACAAAGCUUUGAUGAAUGGGAAGAUUUUUCACAUCCUGAGACAGUCCCUGAAGAGAGUUCAGCUACUGGUACAACCUGUACACCAACCCCUGACCGAAGACAAAGCAUGGAUCUUCCACUUCAAGAUCAGGUAAUUGAUAAAAUGAAACAGACUAAAGAAUUCUUAUUGGAAAAAAGAGAUUAUGUCAUUUCAUCGUUUUCUGAUAGUCCUGACGAUGGACUGGGUGAUUCUAUAGCAAGACAAAGUUCUCAGGAACGGAGCAAGCUUGAUUCUGCUGGUGACUCAGAAGGAACAGACAUUUCAAAGUUAGACCGGGAUGGUAGUAUAGAUAGGUCAUAUGUAACCCCUAAGUUGUCAUGUUCUGCCGACAGUGCCGAGGCUGAUGAGGAGGAUGGUGGAGAAUCAGAUGAUGAGGCUGAGGACGACGAUGAUGACGAGGAAGACAAAGAGGAUGAUGAUGACAGUCGUAGAGAAUCUUUAUUGACGGUGGAAAGUGCAAAGACAAUUGAGGGAGACUCAGACCACAUGAGAAAGUUAUCAACAUCCAGAGAAAGUCUGAUCUCACCAGCUUCUCCAGCCUCCCAUGGGGGAGUAUAUUCACCAGCCAUGUUGGAUAGUGUAGCAUUAAAUCUACACAGAAUUGACAAAGAUGUACAGAGGUGUGACAGAAAUUAUUGGUAUUUUACGAUACCAAACCUAGAUAAACUACGCAAUGUAAUGUGCACAUAUGUGUGGGAACAUUUAGACAUAGGCUAUGUACAGGGGAUGUGUGAUCUAGUGGCACCUCUUUUAGUCAUAUUUGACGAUGAGGCCAUGGCCUACAGUUGUUUUUGUGAACUAAUGAAGAGGAUGUCUUCCAACUUCCCCCAUGGUGGGGCUAUGGAUACACAUUUUGCAAAUAUGAGAUCUUUGAUACAGAUCCUGGAUUCUGAAUUAUUUGAGCACAUGCAUCACCAUGGAGACUAUACACAUUUUUAUUUCUGUUACCGGUGGUUUCUUCUUGAUUUCAAAAGAGAAUUAGUGUAUGAUGAUGUGUUCUCAGUAUGGGAGACUAUUUGGGCAGCUAAGUAUAUCAGCUCUCCACACUUUGUGUUGUUCAUGUCCCUGGCUCUUGUGGAGUUCUACAGAGAUAUUAUUUUGGAUAAUAAUAUGGAUUUCACAGAUAUAAUCAAAUUCUUCAAUGAAAUGGCUGAAAGACAUAAAGCAAAGCAAAUACUUAAACUUGCGAGAGAUUUGGUGCUGAAGUUACAGACUUUGAUUGACAACAAAUGACUGGAGUGCCCAUAAACCAUGUAAAUGUAGUUAUAAUAGGAACUAGUGAGAAUAGCUACACAUAAAUCAUGAAAAUAUUAUUCUGCAGACAACAGCAUUCACCAAGAUAUAUUCUACCAGUGAUUUCACUACAUCUAGAUAUCAAAUUAUCAUCUAGAUAUCUGAUAUCUGAUAUUCAUCUUGAUAUCUCAGUAAUAUAUACAGACACAGGACAGUACAAUGUAUCCUUCACAUUGCAAAUGAAAGUGUAGUGUAAAUCAAGACUUAAUAGUACACAUGGUAACAUAGUGUGUAUUUCACUGUGUAUGUGUAUAUGUAAUAAAGAAGAUCACAUCUUUAAACUUUAUUCAACCUUGAAUAUUACAGAUGCAAUUCUUUUAGGGCUAGUGUAGUGAAUAUUAUUCUUUUUGACAUAAAGCCUUGGAAUAUUCAAUGCUUUGAACAUGAAUGUUAUACUUAAAACAGAGAAAGGAUCUAGAAAGCCCCCUAAAUAACUAGGCUUAGGGUUUUGUGAAAAUAAAACAGUUGAUAAAAGCCAUGCAG